ACCUUGAUAACGUUGACUUAGGAAUUUACAACACGUCACACAAUACUCUCCCAAGGAUAUCUGAAUUUGAACUAUCAACUUUCCGCGGGAUGAUCCUCCAGUGCAGCAACCCCUCAAAGUAUAUUGAAGAUUAUUCUAAUGUCCGAAACCACCCAGCUGCUGAAAUUUGCUACAAACGAGCUGUUUGGGAUUCUACACCUGACAUCCAAACUCCUGGAUUACGCAAUAAACCUUCUAGCAGCAACCAUCCAAGCCCAGGGCCUCACACACAGUGUUACCGACAGUCCAGUCCUUCCAUAGGCACUGGUUCAUCUUGGCAUACCACACCACAAACCAAUGUUUCUUCGCAACACUAUCACACUCCUCGAUUAUGCACUGCCAAUGACUUUUCGAUUCACAUGAAGGACAGAUACCCUAAUCUGGUGAGAUACACUAUUCUGUAGAUUUUUUAGUGAUUUUAUUUCCAUCUUGCCAUAGUAAUCUCACAUAUCAUGUAUUCAGGUAUACACUGAGGUUGGUAUAAUGCUAAAAGAGCACAAUGCCAUAACAUUCAAGAUGAUUGCCGAUGUGAAAGACUCCAUAUUGAAAGAGAAUACCCAAUUCCUAGACAAAAUAGCUCCAAAGUUGGAGAACAGAUGCACACACUGUUUAAAAAGAGCAACCCCCUGCCUGCUUCAACCCAAUAAUCAGGCACCCCGACCCAAUGAUAGCACAUUUACCACACCGGAUAAUAAUUCUGGAUUGAAACAUCGACGUCUCUACACACAUGAUUCUGAAGCUUUUAGUCCAACUUCAUCUUCAACCAACAAAAGGAAAGGAUUACAUACCUCACACCACAGGCAAACAGGCUCAUCAUCAUUGCACAAACCUGAAUCUUCCACCGCUGUUCAUGCCAAAUCGAAGCAUGAUACAAUCAAAUCAUGGGCAGACACUAUUGUUGGCGGAAUUAUCAUGUGCAAUGAUGACAUAUCUGUCCCUGAUGGAUCGGUCAUUCGUGGUCAAGAAUCCGCACGCCCUCAAGAAAAAGUUGUUGUCAACCAUUCUCAUUACGCCAUUAGUCAUUGGUCACCCGGUAGGACCAUCGGCUUCCCAUCAAUAGCCCUCCAGGACCGUUUGGCCACUAUCAUUUAUCGCCUACCAAUUGCUGACAAAGAACGAUUCAGUAUCACACACACCCGCCCUAGGUUCAUCACUUUGUCAUGCGAGGCGAUUGCAGACCAACUUGUUUGUUCUAAUAUAAUAGACCAUGAAUUAUUCUCCUCGCUAAUUCAUCGUAUUAGGCAAAUUGAUCAAGAAAUACUUUACCCGCAUGAUUCUGCACCAUGCCGCCACUACCUCGAACCAGAUUUUGCCACUAGUGUUUUAUCCAGUGAUAAGGCCCGGUUGAUGAAAUCUGUACAGGAUCAAUUCUUUGGGAAACUUGUUCCUUACAACAUAUCGCAAUGUAGACUGGUAAUGAAAUUCAUACAACCUCACUAUGUCAGGCACCCAUUACCAAAAUUUGAUUUCCUAUUACUUGAUUGUUUCAGUGGCACGUGCCUGCUAUACUCGAAUCAGGUUGGGUGAUUUUCACAUGGGACAUGCUAUCAAAAACAAUUUACAUCGUUGAUGCUACCUCAGGGUUGUCCAACCAACUGAAGAAAAGGCAUGAAAUGGUUGCUGACAAAUUACAUGUUGCACUUUUUGCUUGCAUCUUAUUUAUUUUUUGAAAAAUGGCAUGUUGAUUGUUCCAACUGGAGAAAGAAAUUCCCUUUCUUGACGACAUCUAUUUUC